AUGAAGACCAAGGGCCGCACAGUCUCCAGACGUCGCUCCAAACCGAGCUUGACUGUGGCAACCGGCAAGCAGAACGGCAAUGCUGGCGGCGAGAUGCACUCCAACAUCGAAAUGCGCAAGAGGGACACCUCCCUCGAGUCCUCCGCCUCCCGGGCCUCCCGGUUGAUGUCCCGACAGAGCUUCUCUCUGAAUGAUGACCCGCCGAUCACCCCGCAGACGCCGGCCAUGGUGAAUACAAGCUUCGCCAACCUGCCGGCCUCCGAUCGGCGGAACUUUUUGCUGCUGUGUGUGUUGUAUUUUCUGCAGGGUGUACCGAUGGGGUUGGCCACGGGGUCCGUCCCGUUCCUGCUCAAACCCUACCUGUCCUACGGCCAGAUCGGUGUUUUCUCGCUGGCGUCCUAUCCGUAUUCGUUGAAGCUGCUGUGGAGUCCCAUCGUCGACGCGGUCUGGAGCCGGAGGUUCGGUCGACGGAAGAGCUGGAUCACUCCCGUGCAGGUCAUUGCGGGCCUGGCGAUGAUCUACCUGGGCACCCAGAUCGAGGAUAUGAUGGUCCAAGCUGGCGCCAAUGGCGGUGCGGGUGUCUGGAGCUUCACCUGCUGGUGGUUCCUGCUGGUGUUCUUCUGUGCCACACAGGAUAUUGCGGUGGAUGGCUGGGCCAUCACGUUGAUGUCGCCGCCCAACAUCUCCUAUGCCUCGACGGCUCAGACUGUCGGAUUGACGGCGGGACACUUUCUGUCCUACACGGUGUUUCUGGCGUUCAACUCCAAGGACUUUGCGAAUCGCUGGUUCCGGGCAAUUCCUGGGGAGAACGGUCUCCUGUCGUUGGGCACGUACCUGACCUUCUGGGGCUGGGCCUACCUGUUCGUGACUGUCUGUCUCGCUCUCCUGAAGAAGGAAGACAAGACGAGGGAACGGGACAGUAUUAUGGACGUGUACCGGAGCAUGUGGAAUAUCCUGAAGCUCAAGAACAUCCAGACGAUCAUUGUGAUCCAUCUCAUCGCCAAGAUUGGGUUCCAGGCCAAUGACGCGGUCACCAGCUUGAAGCUGCUGGACAAGGGAUUUGGCACGGACAACAUGGCCCUGGUCGUUCUGAUCGAUUUCCCGUUCGAGAUCGGCCUGGGAUACUACGCUGGGAAGUGGUCGACGGAGUAUACCCCCAUGCGACUGUGGUGCUGGGCUUUUAUCGGACGACUGGCCGCGGCGGUACUAGCUCAGGCAGCCGUCAUGGUCUACCCCGCUGGCGACGCCGUUCCAUUCUGGUACAUCCUGGUGGUGAUUGGGGAGCAUGUGUUUUCGACGUUUAUGAACACGGUCAUGUUUGUUGCCGUGUCUGCGUUCCAUGCGCGCAUUGCGGAUCCUGCCAUUGGCGGCACCUACAUGACCAUGCUUGCUACCGUCUCCAACCUGGGCGGCACAUUCCCGCGCUAUUUUAUCCUGAAAUUCGUCGACUUCUUCACCGUGGCUACUUGUAUCCCUCCCGCCGUGGCGCCUGCAGCCGAGAAGCUCAAGGGUGACUUGGUCACGUCUGCGUUCUCGUGCGCCUUGGAGCCCGACAAGAACCGCUGUCUGAAUGGCGGUGGCGUUUGCGAGACCAGCCGCGACGGCUACUACAUCACCAACGCCCUCUGCGUGCUCCUUGGAACCGUCACCUUCGUCAUGUUUAUCAGGCCGGCGGUCCUGAAGCUCCAGAAUCUGCCACUGAGGGCCUGGAGAUUAAGCAACGGGAACCGAUAG